CCUUUGUCGUUAUUCAGCAGCUGCCGUCUCAAAUUGGAAAGUCCCUCACAGACGGACAGCUUUCAGGCAGGGAAAAUGCCCCUUCCUUUGUCCCUUAAAACGAGGGAUUUUGGAUGUUUCUCCUCUUGGUUGGUUUAGCAGAUAUACCAUACUGUCAAAGCUUUAGAUUUGGUUUAUCUUGCAUGUAAAUAUCCUCCUCCGGCGUCGAAGCUGGUGUUAGCGGGCUAGCUUUUUGUGCGGCUAGCUGAAGGAUGUUUUGUUGUUAGACCAGGCAGCCCUCCCGUCGUCUGGGAGGAUAUUUAUCAGCUGUGAAUGAGACGCUUCUGCUAAUCUAUGUGAAAGUGAAAUCCACUGACUGGGGGUCCAGUUUGACUAAAGAGGAAGGAGAUGGGAAACUGUUUGAAAUCUCCGACCUCGGAUGAUAUAUCUUUGCUCCAUGAAUCCCAGUCGGACCGGGCCAGCUUUGGAGACGGUGCUGACCUGGAUCAGGAGCCACCGCCCCCUUAUCAGGAGCAGAUCCACGUGCCUGUUUACCACCCGACGCCCAGCCAAGCCCGACUGGCCACUCAGCUGACUGAAGAAGAGCAGGUCCGCAUCGCUCAGCGCAUCGGACUCAUCCAGCACCUCCCAAAGGGCGUGUACGACCCAGGCCGCGAUGGCUCUGAGAAGAAGAUCAGAGAGUGUGUCAUCUGCAUGAUGGACUUUGUUUAUGGGGACCCCAUCCGGUUCCUGCCCUGCAUGCACAUCUACCACAUGGAUUGUAUAGAUGACUGGCUGAUGAGAUCCUUUACCUGCCCCUCCUGCAUGGAGCCUGUGGACGCAGCACUGCUCUCCUCCUACGAGACCAACUGACUCCUAGACAGUGCUGGAUCAGCAAAUUCUACACGUACAUAAAAUACCCUAAACCUCCUCACUGCUAACUUAUAUCCUGGAUUAGUAAAAUUAUAAAAUUUAGGUCAUGAUAUGAGAAGAAAAAAUGUCGGAUCAGUUCUGUUUCUGUGCAGAUAUAUGUACCUAAAUGUGAAGGUAUAUGAAUGACUGUGUGUGCAACAUUUCCUCAAUUAUCCUGCUGGACAGGACUGUGUCUGAGAAAGGACUGAAGGAAUAGAGACUAGUGCAGACAAGCAGGAGCUGGUGCGAAGGUAGGAAUCAGAGACAAGCACUAAACAUCAAGUGUGCCAGAACAUGGUUGAGUAAAAGUCAUGAUUAAGAAGACUAUUUAAAUAUGGAAUGUGCACACACUCACGUGCACAGUUCAUUUACUUCUAGCCUAUGAAAUGUGCUCACCAGAAGUGAAAAUAGACGUCUGACCCCUAUCACAGGGCUGCAUAUCAUGUUUCCUGGAUUGCUGGUAACAGAUGGAGCUCAUAACCGAAAGAAAAGUGAAAGGAGACGACCUCCAGCGGAUCUGAAUACUGCUGAGUCGCAUUAACUGAGAAACUGUCUCUGAUGUAAAGAGGCUUGCAGGUGGGAUAACUUGAGAUGGACAACCAGCUUGAGACUACUAAUGUUUAUUGCUGAGGUACCACAAGUCUGCACUUGUCUUCAGCAGCACACAGGCUCAGUUGUGUUUGUCUGUACAAAUCUUUUCUGUCAAAUACGAUUGGUUAAUAGCUUGAGGGAUUGUCCUGUGGUUUUGUGAAAUGUUUUUGUUUAAACUAAAGGGCUCUGUUGCAUCAGUGUUCACCAAGAACGUGGACAUAACAAAAGGACAUGAGAUGUAUGUAUGCUGGUAAAACUGUCCCUUUUUAAGGUUUUGAUUCCUCCCUCAGAUUAUUAGCGAAAGCACAAUUCAACAGCUUUUUGUUUUUUGCACUUAGGACAAAAGAAUCAGCAUUACUACAAUGUGACCUAUAAUAUCUGCUUUAUGCACAUCCCGAUAGGAGUUGUGCAGGAGACCACACUAAAAUAAUGUUUGUGCAUCUAUAACCAAAAAAAUAAAAGUGAAAACUUUUAAGCCUUCACCAAAACAAUGAUACAAAAUUGAACUGUUGGCCCUAUAUGCACAAUAGAUUGCAUAUAGGGCCAAUUGUCCUAAAUUUAAUCAUAAAUUAUGCAGUUAAAUAGAUUUCUGUGAUAAUAGUCCUUUCUUGGUACUGGUAAGCCUCAGUUUGAGUGAUCUGUUACAUUUUUACAUUCCCAUUCUCCACCUCACCCAGUUUACUGAAAUGGCACAAAACAUUUAAUGGCUCAGCUAUAUCUGCCGUUUGUGGGUUUAAGAUAUUGAGUCUGGGAGUCAUUUAAAUUCCUUUUGCAUUGCUUACAUGACUCAUGUUUUAAAAAAAAGAAAACAAGUAGGCUGUCCUUAAAAUAAGUAAGCGUGUGCAAAAGUGUGUUACGGAUCUUAAGGCCUCCACCCUGAGUAUUUCUGGAAAGACUUUAUAGAUGGCUAGCUGGUCAGCAGUCUGUACUUUAAUUUUUGUUUUUGCACAGUAUGUAAUAUCUUUGUUGUAUGUAUUGUCUUCCUUCAUCCAGGUGGAGCUUCAUGGCCUUAUACUUUACACAUGUGAGAAAGACUGUUGAACGCUGUUGCUUUUCAUCCUUAGUGGGAAAAUAGUCAAGUAUGGCAGAUGCUUGCUGAUUUGACAAAGCAGCUACUUUGUGUCAAGAGUUUAGAUCUAAUUAAGCCUGGGAUAUUUCUGAUAAAACAGAUUAUAAUUUGAGUGUCUACCACAGCUCCCGAAACAAUAGUACGUGUCACUAAAACUAGAGUGCACAGAUGUUGGAACAUUUCCUUUGUUUCAUGUUAAUACUCCAGGGUGCACAAGAUGUUGCUUAAUCACAAGACAGAGUAUUGUUGGAAUCUGACUCAUUAUUUUAGUGAUCUAUUUAUUAAAUUUGACCAAACUCACAUGAAUAUGAGAGCGUUUUGUUUAAGGAUUUCCUUUUUAAUUUCUAAAGAACAAAGCAGCAAGGUGUUCUCACAUGUAAAUGGAGUAUGUAUGUGGGUUUGUGAAUGCUUGUAAUAACUUUUCCUGUAAGAUUAAAUAUGCAUAUGCUCUGUAUUAAAAGCAAAUAAAAAUUAAAAAAAAGCAACAGAACACAA